AUGGAGCCCACUACUGGAGCAAGAGCGACGCUACUGGGGCAUUUAACGUGCUGGAUUUUGGGAGUGGGUGCUGUCCUGACAUGGAACAGCAUGCUGUCUGCUAUGGAUUAUUAUUUACAAGUCUUCUCGCUGGAUCUAGCUUGUUCGGGUCUCGGGAGCUUUGGAACCUACGUUGGUGUAUGCAUCGGAACUGCCUUGUUUGGUGUAGCUGCUUCUGGUGUUGCUACAUCAUGCAUGAGGCUAAUAACCAAAGCUUCAUUUGCAGAAGAUAGAGCCGGACUACGAAAAGGAGCUCAAACCGAACCAAGAUUAAGCAACACCAAACUCCUUAAAGCCAAUCUGGAUUAUGUGUUCAACAUCUUCAUUAUUCACGUGGUUACAUUAGCAAUAUUUCCAGGAAUUCUAGCUAAGGAUAGCCAAACACAUCAACUAAGAUCAUGGUAUGUGGUAACACUUGUUACAGUAUUCAAUGUUGGGGAUAUGGCUGGUCGAUACUUCAUAUGCCUCAACUCUUUAAAGCUGAAAAACAGGACAAUGCUCUUUUGGCUGGUCCUCGUCUCUGAACAAAGUGCUCUUGGGAACAUUCUAGUACUUGCUCUACUUAGUGGCGUUUUUGUUGGUGAGGUUGCGAGUUGGAUGUGGCUUAUCUAG